AUGUGUCCCCCUCCUGAUCAACCCGUCACCUCAAAUGGAGAUGAAGAGAUGGUACCCAUCAUCAACGAUGGUCCUCAUAUCUCAUCUUCAACCAAGAGUGAGAUAAAUCGAACCAAUGAACAAACAAAUCAACAACCCCCAGCGGUCGCUUCUCACAAGGGAUUGUACGGCAGAGCAAGUGAUUUCUUGAGUAACACAAGUAACUGGAGUAUUAUUGAAUCCACUCUUCGAGAGGGUGAACAAUUCGCCAAUGCUUUCUUCACCCUUGAGACCAAGAUCAAGAUCGCUAGGAUGCUUGACGAAUUCGGUGUCGAAUACAUUGAACUCACCUCCCCUGCUGCAUCACCUGAAUCUAAGGCUCAUUGUGAAGCAAUCUGUAAAUUAGGUCUCAAGAGAACCAAGAUUUUGACCCACAUCAGAUGUCAUAUGGAUGACGCCAGAUUAGCCGUAGAGACUGGUGUUGACGGUGUUGACGUUGUCAUUGGAACAUCAUCAUUCUUGAGAGAACAUUCUCACGGAAAGGAUAUGACAUGGAUCACCAAGACCGCAAUUGAAGUCAUCGAGUUCGUCAAAUCCAAGGGAAUCGAAAUUCGAUUCUCUUCAGAAGAUUCCUUCAGAUCUGAGUUAGUAGAUUUAUUAUCGAUUUACAGGACAGUGGAUAAGAUCCACGUAAACCGAGUUGGUGUAGCCGAUACCGUUGGAUGUGCGGAUCCAAGACAAGUUUACGAUUUAGUAAGAACUUUAAGAGGUGUAGUAAGCUGUGAUAUCGAAUGUCAUUUCCACAAUGAUACCGGUUGUUCAAUUGCCAAUGCCUACGCCGCUCUUGAAGCUGGUGCUACUCACAUUGAUACCUCAAUUCUCGGUAUUGGGGAGAGAAACGGUAUCACACCUCUUGGUGGUUUGAUCGCUCGAAUGAUGGUCGCCAACCCUGAAUAUGUCAAGGGCAAAUACAACUUGCACAUGCUCCGAGAAUUGGAGAACGUUGUUGCUGAGGCCGUCGAAAUCUCUGUUCCUUUCAACAACUACAUAACUGGAUUCUGUGCUUUCACCCACAAAGCUGGUAUUCACGCCAAGGCUAUCCUUGCCAAUCCCUCCACUUAUGAGAUCUUGAACCCUGCCGAUUUCGGUAUGACUCGAUAUGUCUCCAUUGGUCACCGACUUACAGGAUGGAACGCAGUCAAAUCGAGAGUGGAACAACUCAAUCUCAGUCUCACAGAUGAUCAAGUCAAGGAUGCUACUGCCAAGAUCAAGGAAUUGGCAGAUGUAAGAACGCAAUCUAUGGAAGAUGUUGAUAUGAUCUUACGUAUUUACCACACCGCUAUCGCUACUGGUGAUCUCAAGGUUGGACAAUCAGCUGUAUUAGAUCGAUUGCUCGAGAAGCACAUGCCCUCAAGAGAUACCUCUCCUAACGGUUCAGCAAACGGUAACAAGAGAGCUCGAGUAGAAGGUGCCACUGCAUAA